AUGUCACGUCAAACAUCGCUUGACUCACUCAAUGAGGUUGAGAUUGGAGCCUCAGUCCCCCAAUUAUCUCGGUCUGAAUCAAUUCGCUCUUCGGUGCAGGCCUUUACGCCUAUACGUGAAGUUCUUUUCGUGGUUGUGGUCUGUAUGUCACAAUUCAUGACACAGGCAGCUCUGGGAGCCUGUUUGUCACCAUUGGAUAUCAUUGGUCACAGCUUCAACAUCACGAACGCCGGAACCCUCAGCUGGCUGAUCGCGGGCUACUCUCUAACAGUUGGGACAUUCAUCUUGUUCUUCGGGCGUUGUGGAGAUGUCUUUGGCUAUCGUAUUAUGUUCAUUAUUGGUUUUCUAUGGUUUUCAAUCUGGUCCAUGAUUGCUGGCGUCAGUGUCUAUUCAAACUCGGUCCUGUUUAUAUUUGCACGCACACUUCAGGGUCUUGGCCCAGCUAUGCUUCUUCCGAAUGGCCUGGCGCUAUUAGGGGCCACUUACCGACCAGGCAAAAAGAAAUAUAUGAUAUUUGCACUUUUUGGUGCAAUGGCACCAAAUGGAGCAGUGCUAGGAAGUGUCUUCGCUGCGAUUUUCUCCCAGCUAGCUUGGUGGCCGUGGACGUUCUGGUCAAUGGCCAUAUAUUGCCUGAUCUUGGCCAUUCUUGGGGUUAUCGUUAUUCCCUCCUACCCGUCUUCUUGCAGAAGUCUAAGUUUCACUGAGCUUUGUCUCGAGCUCGACAUUAUCGGCGCCGUCUUCGGGGUGGCAGGCUUGGUCCUUGUUAAUGUUGCCUGGAAUCAAGCCCCGGUGGUAGGCUGGCAGGAAGUAUAUGUCUACGUGUUGCUGAUCGUUGGUGCUAUCAUUCUGGUUUUUUUCUUCGUCUACGAGAUUCGAUUCGCCCCUAAGCCGCUCCUCCCUCUCGAAAUCCUGAAUCUUGAUGUUUCAUUUAUUCUUGCAUGCGUCGCAUGUGGCUGGGCCAGUUUUGGCAUCUGGAUUUAUUAUUUCUUCAGAUUCCUUGAGGACAUCAGACACCAAACUCCAUUACUCGUGGCUGCCGAGUUUGUUCCUGCUGCAUUAAUGGGUAUCGUCGCCUCUCUUUCUACGGGGAUUCUAAUGAGCAAAAUUCAACCGGGCUGGAUCAUGAUGCUGGCUCUAACCGCCUUCACAAUCGGAAACAUUUUCUCCGCUAUCGCUCCUGUUGACCAGUCAUACUGGGCACUGACAUUUGUUACCCUUUUAGUCAUUCCUUGGGGUAUGGACAUGUCAUUUCCCGCCGCCACAGUGGUCCUGUCCAAUGCGGUCGGUCGCCGCCAUCAAGGAGUUGCUGCUUCCUUGGUCACCACAGUGGUGAACUACAGUAUAUCCCUGGGACUCGGGUUCGCAGGUACGGUGGAAGUACAUGUGAACCAUGGGGGCAAAAAUCUACAUGACAAGUUGUUGGGCUACCGUGCAGCCUAUUAUAUGGGGAUCGGAUUAGGUGGGCUUGGUAUUGCAACAAGUCUGCUAUAUAUCAUUCAAGCUACACGGCGCUUGAGAGAAAACGCCAUCAAUACCGAAAAGACUUAA